ACGUAUGUCGUCGGUGCCUGUACCUUCUCCUUCUUCCAAGAGCUACGGCUCGGCUUGGCGCGCUCUUUAACACGCGUGCCACUUGUCUGGAGAACGCAUUGGCAGAGAAGUAAGCGCUCGAUGCGAAACUCGGACUCGCGGUGCUUACUCACGUUCGAAGUUGGACUCUCGACUUACGAUUUUCGCACGCACGUAUCGCCAAGUGGACAGCGCUUCGGCUCUCGACUCUGCGGCUCGACGAGCCUAGACGAGAAUGUGAUAUAGAGAAUCAUCGCGAACGAGAGAGGUGGCUUUCGUUGUUCUUUUCCUCGCGGCGAUAAGGACUUGAAAGAAGAGACGCUUACCGUUGGACAGAUACACUCAGCCGAAGAUAAAACAUUGGUAGCCGCAGUGGGCAGUUUGUAAAAAGCCACGCACGGAGUCAAGCUUUAUCCCUGUCGCGGCUCCACGAUAUAAAACGGGCGCAGCUUGAAACGAGUCUUGCGGGAGCACGUGCGUUGCCGAGGAGGCCCGCUUCCGCAGCUGCGACAGCGCCGCACGCACCGUCUGAUUGCACAGACGCGCGUACGCACACACGAGGCCUGACGACUUCCGGAGGUCAAUAAGCAAGAUACAUAUUUGAAUAAGCAUAUCUACCUUCGUGGGAACGCACGCGUACAGAGAUUUAUUUAUUCAAAAAAAAAAAAAAAAAAAAUAGAAAGAAAAUAACAAACGGUUGAGUGACAAUAGUUAACUCUGACGACCUGCAUUACCAGGCAGUGUAAUGAAGAAUUUGCAAAUCAACGAACAUGACAUCCUCAAUGGGAUAGCAGCUUUAAACGGCAAGCAGCGUCAGCAGAUAAUCAAUGGGAAGGACGCGGAGGCGGCAGCCACGACAGUCAAUCAAAAGCAGCUUCAGCAGGACAACGAGGAUGACGGUGAUGCGGUGCAGCGUUCGAUGGGUUACCUCGGCCGUUGGCAGAUCUUGGUCUGCACGGCGAUAUCUCUCGUCAAGUUUCCCGUCGCCUGGCAUCAGCUCGCAAUUGUCUUCAUGGCACCUAAACAGGCCUACAACUGCACCACGCCGAUGUACGGCAAUGCGACGGCAGAUCAGUGCUACGUACAAGUCAACGGCACUGACGUCGAGUGCACUCAGUGGGAGUACGACAGGAGUGUCUUUCCUGAGACUAUAAUAUCACAGUGGAAUCUCGUCUGUUCACGCUCGUACUAUGCGAACCUUCAGCAGUCGAUUCUCAUGUUUGGUGUUUUACUCGGGAGUAUCUUCUUUGGCUUUUUAUCCGACAGGUUCGGACGAAAACUUCCAUUAAUGGGUUCGAUAGUGCUGCAACUAAUAUCCGGCAUUGGCUGUGCUGUAGUUCCGUGGUUUCCUGCUCUCCUAUUCAUGAAAUUUUUGAGCGCACUGGCAACCGGCGGCACUAUGGUCACCAGUUACGUAAUCUGCAUGGAAAUAGUUGGCAAACGUUGGCGAGCUGCAAUUACGAUCCUGUAUCAGAUUCCCUACAGCAUAGGUCACAUGUCACUUGCCGGUUUAGCAUACUGGUUUAGACAUUGGCAGCAUCUCCAAAUAGCUAUGACUUUACCAUCUAUUAUAUUGCUCAGCUAUUGGUGGGUCGUUCCCGAGUCACCGAGAUGGCUACUCGCUAUGGGUAAACAGAAAGCUGCUUGCAAAGUACUUCAAACUGGUGCCAAAAUUAAUAAAUUAGAUGGCCAGGACAUAUCAGAAGUUGUGAGACAGCACUGCUUGCAUCAGAAUUCUAAGAAAACCGAGGCAGAUGGCAAGGCCUCGUUUUUGGAUCUCUUUCGUACGCCCAAUAUGAGGGUAAAAUCUUUAGCGAUUUUCUUCAACUGGAUUGUCUGUGGAAUGGGUCUUUUCGGCAUGUCUCAAUACAUUGGGCAUGUUGGUGGUGAUAUCUUCCUCAAUUUUGCACUUUCUGGGCUGAUUCAAAUUCCCGGAAAUUUCCUUGCAUGGUGGACGAUGAAUGCUUUGGGCAGACGAAUAACUUUAGUCGCAAGCAACUUAAUUGCCGGAAUUGCUGCUGUUCUAUUACUUUUCGUUGGCAAAGACCUACAGUGGCUUCAAUUAAUAUUAGCUUGCUUUGGCAUUGUCGGUAUGUCUGUCUCGUUCACGACGGUUUACUUAUAUUCUGGUGAACUCUUUCCCACUGUCAUUCGAAAUAUUGGCGUUGGAACGAGCAGUAUGUGUGCGAGAAUAGGAUCUAUUCUAGCACCUUUCGUCGUCUCACUGGGCAAAGUCAAGCCGUGGUUACCACCUGUAAUCUUUGGAAUAUUGCCAAUAAUUGGUGCUGCUCUCUGCAUUUUACUUCCGGAAACUAAUGGCUGUGAACUUCCUGAAACUUUGCAGGACGGAGAAGAUUUUGGAAAAUCAGAGAGCGCUAUUAAAAAAUAUAAGGAUAAACAAGUUUCUAAAAUGAUAUUGUAAAGUAGAAAAAAAGAGAUAAUGCUUCAUCCAGCCUAAAAUUGAAAUAGACGACAAAAAAUCUAAUUCUGCGAUAUAACGGUGCCUGAAAUUGAUUCGUUACGAUUAUUUAUUUGUUUCACCGAACGUGGAGUUACGAGUAUUAGAUCAAUUGUAGGACUUAAAAUAAUUUUUCACAUAUCAUCGGAUGACACGAAUUCAUCAAGAUCUAUGUAAUCAUUGCGAUAUUGUCGAAUAUUUCAAGUCAGAUGCGUUUAGAUGUGUAAGUUUUUAUACCGUUAAAACAAUUUUAAUUAAAUGAUGUAUAAAUUAUUGUUUUUGUACAGAACGUCACAAAUUUUAAUUAUGAAAUACUGAAUCAUGUAUUCUAAAGAAAGUGUUGAUAAUCAGUUUUAAACUACACUACUUGAGAAGUCACUUUCAGCAAUUCCAACAUAUACUUUUGCGUAAUAUUUCAAAUAAUGAAGCUUUAGCAUAUUACUGUAAAUACAUCUAUUUUUACAAAAAUAAAUAAGCAACAUGCAAUGUUACUAUUUGCAAUAAAUUGUAUUUUUUUCUUUUUUUUUUUUGCUAAAUGGCGAUCAAGUAGGAAAUUUCGUUGCGUACCAGUAAUUUUGUUACCGCUAGAUCCCUGAUGAGUGUACAAAGAAAUCCCGAGAUGUCGCCACCUGAUAAGCGGAGAUGCGCUUAUUUGAAAGUUUUUAAAGCGAGGUACGAACAUUGCUACGUCAUAUUUGACGAUCAAAGUUUUUCAUAGAAUUUGUACAGUAGGAAGUUGCAAAAGCCAUUUGAAAUAUGGUAAACUCCAAUCAAAUACUUAAAUACAUGAGAUAAAAUAAAAAAAUAUUAUGAUUUCUUACUGAGACAUUAAGUAACAGAAAUAAAGAGUCAUCGAUUUGAAAUUAUAACUUUGAUCCAGAUGGUAGUAAAUCUUAAUCGUUUCCUUGAAGCAUUGUUAAAUAUUUUUCCCGUGCUUCGGGGCUUUUGAUUACGUUACAUCUUUACAUUGCAAAUUUAAACCUUUCAACUUGUUUAAAUACGGCUUCUCUCCCAUUGAAGGAUUAGAAGACAUUCUCGAGACCUCCAGCGCGCGAGUGCGGCUCCCAAGAUUUCCGACUAGCAUUCAAAUGAAACAAUCCGCAGUGGAGAGCAUUGGACUUGAUCGAAGCAUUACAUAUUAAUGAACCAACAAGCUACUCGUUUUCUUAAGGCUCGAUCAACACUCCUUUCAUGAUUCGUUAUUUGCAUUUCGCGUGAUUGCAACGUUUGUCUUUCCAUUAGUUUCUUUUGUAGCAAACAAAAUGGAAUAAAUUAUGCAAGAAGAACAGCUGCAUUGUUUGUACAAUGUAAUGUUGAAAGAUGAUCAAAAACCAUCUUAUGUGAAAAAGAUGAGUACGUAUUCGCGAACCGAAAGUUUAGCUAUUGUUAAAAAAUAUAUGUAUGGAGUCUAUUUAAGUUGUGCUGGAAUAAAUUGUCGCUUACGCAAAUCACGCAACAAAAGGCCGUAAUCAUGUAAAAACCGCAUAGCGCGAGCGCUGGCAAAUCAUUGACACAGAAUCAUCCUCAGAGAUGAGUCCUGUCGACGUAAUUAUGGUUAUUAUUCGAAUUACCCUAAUGCACGCACUCGAAUGGGCUGAGCAUGAAACAAG